GACAUUCCAAACAAGUUCAGGUCUAUGAAAUUAAUCUCAAAAUCAAGCUGAGCCCGUCUCAUAAACAUGUAUAGCUUGGACUAGUGGUAAUGGGACCAUAGUAAAUAGUAGUAGUAGUUUAUUUGAGUCUAGAGUAACUAGCUAGAAUCUGUUAUGUGGGAAAAUAGGCAGCAGGGGAUGAGGGGCGCCCAAAUUUAAUGCCAUAUAAACGAAUGGUCCAGAAUUUGGAUAUUGGUGAAGAGAUUUGCCUGUUCCCCAGCAACCAACUCGAAGAAAAGUUGACCCUAGUACCACAUUAAUCCAUUUAACUAACUCAAUAAAUAUUACAGUAUAUUUGUUGCUUUUAUUUUUUUCUUCUCCCGCAUUAUAGAUGUAACUGCCACCCUGCCAUUGAUUUCUUUCUUCCGUAUAUGGCAACGAAAUUAAAAGCAUCACUACAAGACAAAGGCUCUGCAGUCUAGAUAUCAAUAUCAUUAUUUUAAUCUGAAAUAUCAGAAAAAUUAUGAGGGUCUUGCAGGUGUUUCAGGCCCAAAAUGGGUGCUGUUAUUCUGCACUUGUGAUCACCGUAUAUAGUGUCUUACUUUUAGAUUGAUUUGAGAGAGAGACUUGUUUGGCUUGUAUUGAAAGGUAAGCAAUCCAAGGUUAGAGGCUGAAAGAGAGUGGAAAAACAGACUAGUCUUAGGAGUGAGGUAUCGAAUGAAGGUGAAACUUGCUCAAGUGAAGAAGCAAAAUCACUUGCUUGUGAAGAAGCUCACAAAAUCUCUUGCAAGUUUGGAGGCUCUGAGCCUUGUUUUUGGGAAUUGCAAGCUAAGCAGGUUUAACUUAGUAGCUAGCCCUUCUCUCCCUUCUUAUAUAUAUUUUCCACUAUUCAGCAAUCAAUCAUCAUGCCUAAUUGCCUCUUGUUGUGAAGAUUCACAUCAUCAUCAUCAUCAUCAUCACAUAUUCAUCAUUUGAGGUUUUGAAAGAGAAGAAAAAAUGAAAGCAACAUUCUGUUUUUUUCUGCUAGCUCUACUAAUAGUGAGUUGGGAAUCUGCAGUAGUAGUAGCAAGGAGGCCCUUCCCUUCAACCGAUGGAAUGUGCCAUCCAGGCCCCAAAGCGGCACCAGGACCAGGGCCCGUGUCUUCACCAUCUAAUACUGUAGAGUCAGAAAAGGGUUUAAUGGAAGAAGCAUACUCAUAUAGAGUGAGCAAAAUAGGGUCAAGUCCACCAAGUUGUGAGCACAAGUGUUAUGGUUGCACUCCAUGUGAAGCGAUUCAAGUGCCGAGCACCAGCAGCUGGCGCAGUCAUUUGGGGUUGCAGUACACAAAUUAUGAGCCCGAGAGUUGGAAAUGCAAGUGUGGUCCUUCCCUCUAUAGCCCGUGAACGUGAAUCAAUAUACUAUGUAACUAUGUUCUUGUUCAUACCCAUUUAAUAUAGUUGAUGUAUAAUCAAUGAUCUCCUAUCUGUCUCUCACCUUCAUAUUUAUAGUUCCCUCGUGUACAAACAUCAAUUCAAAGGAUUUUAUUAUGUCAUA